UGUACAUCCGGACAGCAUGGUGGAUGAUUAUAGAAGGCACAAUGGCACUAAAUAACGUACUACAUGCUUUCAAGAGGUUAAACUUGCCUACUCUCAAUGCUUAUAAAGACUGUUUUGUGUGUGCUUUUUUAACCCAGUCACGUGGUUAUGCAAAGAAAGCAGUAACCAAAGCGAAAGGUAAAGGAAUGGUAAAGGAAGUUCUUAAGGGUCCAGAAGUUUGUAAGGAUCCAGUUAAACUUUGCACGCAUGCAGUUGGAGUCAACAUUUUCAAACAGGGCGAGGACCCUCCUCUUAAACCCAAGGAGGAGUAUCCAGAUUGGCUAUUUCAAUUGGACCUUGGUCCAACCAAAAAACUCAGUGAACUGGAUCCAGACAGUUGGGAAUACUGGACGCUUUUAAGGAAGGAGCAUAUUUGGAGGCAUAAUAAACUGCAUAAAGGCAAAAAGAUGUAAAGGAUUUGUACUGAAUCAUAUAUCUAUGAGUGCCUCAUUUGCUUUUCCAGCAGGUACAGUGGACAUUACCUGGUGCACAGGUCACAUUCUGUUUGUCAGCUGAGUGGACUACCAAUACAGAGAGUUUCACAGUUCUUGGAAACCCAGCCUCUCCACUAUUUUAUGUUUAAAUCAGUACCGACAAGGUUAAACAAACAUGUACCCAAGGAUCAAUUAGCUGUAUUUUCACUGCUGUGUUUAUUUAAGGGUUUUGACGUCAUUCUAUGCAUUACAAUUAUUGUCAUUAUGUGGAUUGGUCUCACUCCAGUCACAUGAAAGAAUACAAUCCUUAUUACAUUAUCAAUUA